AAAACAUCAAAGAUGUUCUGUUUGUUGUACGGAUGCACAUGGAAAAGAUGAAUUAGAUGAAUGGAACGCAAUCAGACGAGAAUAUAUCGAUAAUAUAAACGUCUUGGGUGUCAAUUGGAAACGCCAGAAAUGGAAAAGGUUGCUGCUAAUUUCCCUCCGUUUGAUUUGCCAGACACGGUGGAAAGUGUGCAGUAUGCAACCAUCAACCAGACCUCAGAUCUUAACAUCAGUCUACCGAAAAAACCACUAACUCAUAAGUGGGUGUUUGAAAUACAAAGUAGCAUAUUUCUUCGAAGAGUGACGCUAGCCAACGAUAGUGCAAUCGACGUGUUUUUGAUCCAUCGUGUCUUUGACAAAACGGAAGACACCAUCGUUUAUCCUACUUCACUUGACUGGGAAAACAAAAACAAAUCCAGGAAAAGAGAUUCAUUUCAAUACGAAAUUGAGGUGGCUUUUUCUUCAGAGGUGUACGGUUGUUUCCGUGGGAGGGUUAUCUUUGAUUUUGGCCAUACGCCUGUUGUUUUCAAGCAGCUAACCGUAAGGACAACAGAAAGCACCGAUGUCAGGGCACCAAAACGUUCACAAAGUAAAGAUCAACAUACGCGUUGGCAGGCAAAAGACGUCAAGGUUGUUGAGUUUCAACUAAGAAACCAGGAAGAAAGACAGCUGAUAGAGGAGUAUUCGAUUGAUAAAUUUGAUGAAGGUACAUACCCGUCUACGCCAUCGCCAACUAAACGUGAUUACACAAACCUAAAAAGAGCCAUGGAGAUUUCAUCACCUGAAAUAUUCUCCAAAACGGACGACGAAAAGACGGAUUCAAAAACGUCCAAUACUGGAGAAGAUUACGAACAGACACGUGGGGUAAAUAGACCAACCUUGAGUGAAUACAAACGGCGCAUGCAUAAACUCCUGUACUUCGAAGAGAAAACGCAACUCUCUGUCAUUUCAAAAUUUGAUGGGAAAAGAGAAAUGACAAUUGAAAACGAGUUGCCACCUGUGAUUGAAAUUAGCUCAGAUGCAAUUUACGCAACAAACGGCGCUUUGUUCACAAGUAUUGAGCUGAAAGAUGAGCUGUCCGAAGAUACCACUGCUGGGAGAUUAGUCCUCCGAAAUUCUGAUUCUGUUUGGUUGACCCCUGUCUUUGAACAUGCCGUUGGAUCACGAAAAAUACCCGAAAAGGUAUAUGAAGCCGGUGUGCAUCAUCGUCAAAGGAAUUUCCUAGACUUUGAGCUAUCCCCGGUGUGUGUUUCCGAACUUGGUUUAGAGACGAAACAGACGAGGAAUUUUGAGGUGCAGCUUCAACUGAAUAGAAUAUGGUUAUGCGAAAUGCACAAGGCAGUGGAUGAACUCCAAAACCUCGAGAUUGUCUUUCCAAAUUCCGUCUCGAGCUGUGAUGUUGACACCAGUAUUACUGAUAAUGAUCAUUUUCAAAAUGAUUUGUCGCUGAAAACGUGCAACGAUAACCAAUACAUAGCAAUAAUAAAAGCUGCAAGUGUGCCGAAAGUACUGUCUCCACCCCUGCUCCUUGUUGGUCCGUUUGGAACGGGUAAAACAUUCACACUCGCCCAGGCAGCAAAGGUCGUUAUCCAGAAAGAUUGCACACGCGUACUCAUAUGUACGCAUUCGAACAGCGAAGCCGACAUAUAUGUUGAAGACUACUUUCAUCCCUACUGCAAAGACAAUCACCCAGAAGCAAAACCUCUCCGUAUCUACUAUCAACACAGAUGGCCAAAUACCGUGUCUAAAACUGUCCGACAAUACUGUCUACAGGAAGGCCAUUCAUUUAGAAAGCCAAGAAGGGAGGAUAUAUUGCGUCACAGAAUCGUUGUAACUACAUUCAGCACCGCUAAAAUGCUAACGAAAUUUCCGGAAGAUAUGUUCACACACAUAUACCUUGACGAGGCAGCACAGGUGUUGGAAUGCGAGGCACUCAUACCUCUAUCUAAGGCAACGCAGUCCACUAGGGUUGUGUUAGCAGGAGACCAAAUGCAGAUGAGUCCUGAGAUAUAUUCAUUAGAAGGGAAAAAAGAAGGAUUUCAGAAGUCAUUACUAGAGAGAUUAAAUGACCUUUAUCCGGACGAUUGCGGAUACAAAGUCAUGUUGCACGUAAACUACAGAACUCAUGACGUCAUUUUGAAGUUCACAUCUAACCUUUUCUAUGACUACAAAUUGUCAUGCGCAAUGCCACAGAAGGGACAUCCCGAACUUUACCCUCUGGCGUUUUACACCGUGUUAGGCGAGGACGAGCUGUGCGGUCUGAAAGAAGGAUUUUGCAACAAAGCAGAGGUAUGCGAAGUUGUUGACCAAGUUGCACUGCUAAAAGAGAAAUGGCCUUCAAACCACUGGGGUGAAUUCAGUUCAAAGAGUAUAGGCGUUGUUGCACCGUAUAGAAUGCAGGUGAAGCUAAUCCGAGAUGGACUGCGAAAAAUAAACAUCAAAGACGUUUCCGUAGAAAGGGUUGCUAACGUGCAAGGAAAGGAGUUUCGAGUUGUUAUAAUGAGCACAGUCAGGACAAAGGAAACAUGUACAGAGGGCUAUGAGGAGACUGAUCAAGUCGACUUUGGGUUUCUUUCAAACGUGAAGUUCCUGACAACAGUAAUAACAAGAGCGAAAUCGCUUGUGAUGACUAUCGGAGACCCAAUUACACUGUGUUUGGUGGGACAAUGUCGAAAGGUGUGGGAAACGUACCUUAACGACUGCAACACACAUGGAAGUUUCUAUGGACUAAAAUGGGAGCAAUACCUUAAGAUGAGAAAUAUAGAGCUGACCACUCUUAAUCCAAUGGCGGACGAAUUCUACCCGAAGGUACCACCUGCUUCGGUAGAGGAAGCAAAAAAUGAAAAUAAAGCAGAACCUAAAAGUUCAACGAAGUCAUCACAUGUGACAUUCGAACAAGAACAGUUUAGAACAAGCGAGUUGCCAAAUACAAAGGAGGAAACUAGUAUACCAAUUAAUGGAACUUUGAUGGACAGUGCCAAGUCCGGUGUUUUACAAAGUGCUAUAGAGAUUGAACAUGCUGACAAUUGUCUUGACGCAACAAAAGCAGUAGAGGCUUUAACACACCACGACAGUCAUUUAAAUGCAGAUAGUUGCAAAUCAUUACACCAGUCAGACGGACAAAAAGAGAAUGUAUCCAUGACUGGUACCAGCACUGUUCCAAGCUUUAAAUAUAUCUACGAAAAGGAAGAUAACCCAUCUGCUUACCAAGGAUCAAUGAAAUACCACUGUCCUUCGAUAGUGAGUUUAGGGGAAAGUAUAGAAACCGGUUAUGGUAGUGGGAUUGGAAUCGAGUCCGACGACAUCUCUCCGGAAUUAAAACAGUGUAUUUCAACAGACACUCAUAAAGUUGACGACCAUCCGGUGAAAAGGUUGACUGUCGACUCGAUUUCCCCUGAAAGCAAGAGCGAUGAAACCGGCAAAUCAUCCAAAAAUAGUAGGAAGAUAAAGACGAAAAGACCACAACCGGAGGUCACUGAAAUUAAACAGCAGCCAGUUUUUGAACCUAAAGUUGCAAGCUGUACAGAGGAGAAUUUACAUUCUAAACAAAAGAUUUAUAACAUCGAGCAAGAAAGGAUCGGUCAAGGAAAGGGCGCAAGAAAAAAGAAGGGAAAACUUCAAUCAACGGAAACUGUUUCACCACUGAAAGAAAUAGCUGAAAUCCCCGAUUGGAGAAAAUUAGCGAUGCCGAAAGCAAACUUUGAGUCUCGCUUCAAAGAGCCUGUCUUGAGCAAAACUGAACAAGCUGACAGUAAAAAUAAGGAGGAGGCGAUACGUAUUUCGAAUUAUUUUGAACUUAGCAGUAAAAAUAAACCAAAUGAAAGCGAAAACGAUUUAUCAUUUCCCCGUGCAGAAAAACAUACUUCAAAUAAAACCUCGGCUGGUAAAGACGAAACAAAAACAACCACAGGAAAGAAAAAGACAAAACGGCCGAAAUUUGUUUCAUUACAUGAAUUUUACAAAGCCCCUCAAACCGAAAGGACACUUCGGCCACCGGCGUGGGUAAAUCCAGCUCCUGCAGAUGUUCCGAAUUGGGAAAGUGUUUGGGAUCCUGAACCAUAUUCAUUUGAGGAUGAACGACCAUAUCGUCCUGUAAAUACAGGUCUAUCCUUUGCUGACGCUACAAAAUCUGCACCAGCGAGGCAUCAAGGGAUCCUUACACCGGUCACCUAUACCGAGGAACGUUCUUUGGCCUCUUAUCUAUGGCCAGAACAAGAUCAGGUUUACAUGAAUCGAGGUCCUUCGCAGGGGAAUAAUCAUAAUUACUCAUCCUUGCUCUACAAUCAAAGUAUAGGUCCCUCACGCGGUCCGUCGAGUGGAUACGGAGUGUUUGGAAGACGUAAAUAAAAACAUUGUGUGCAUGGUUUAUGCAUUCAGAUCACAAUUAUUGAUUUUACCAUACUAUUUUGUACGAUAGAACUGUCCAAUGUGCCAUCAACUAAACAAUUAAUAGUGAAGUGGCUUCUAAUAAGAUACCAUUAUGAUUUACAUGAUCCAUGCCCAUUUCGCUAGAGCCUUUUAGCUCGCCUUCAAUAAUCAAAUAAUAAAUUAGUAUAUUUAUGUCGUUUUAAGCACAGCCAUAUUAUUAUCCAACGCAUUUAUCGUAUACAGUCUUUUGUUAUUCGUUACGAAAGUCCAUAUGCAUACUCUACGGUAUAUAUUUUGGCCACAGCCAUGAUUUUGCUUUUGCUCAAACCUGCAUGAAAACCAACACUCAAAACAAUGUGCCAGGGAUAAGCGAAAUAGUUCUACCCUGUGUGAGAUGUUAUAGAAUUAUAUUGCUUUGGGUAAUUCAGUAAAUACGGGAAUUGAAUUAUUCAAAUGAAAAACUCAGAUUACUAAAAAUAACGAUAUAACUAACUAGGGAGAUUUAUUGCAUGAGUCCUAUAAUAUACAUGGUAUAGAUUUCAUAUUGAAAUUUUGGUUGAAUUUUAAACCUUUCGAAAAGGAUCUGCAAAAAAGGCACAUUCAAAUAAAAUGUCAUUGAUUUGUAUUUCAUAUUAUUAUAAUACAUAAAAUUCAUCAUGUGUGUAGGUGGUGUAUGUUUUAAUUAAUUGUUGUCGGUGUGAAAAGCAAUUGAAAGUAACAUUUUUAUUAAUCAUUCAUUUUUGUUUUUAUAUAUCAUUUAUUCUUGUAACGCAGACCUGAAACGUUGUCGAUUUUUGCCCAUAUUUUCUUUACGUUUAACGUAUUUCUGUAUCCAUUUAUCAGAAUGUUUAGAUUUCUUCACAAAAACCAUAUUGUUUAAAUCGAUACUUAUCUAGCCUGUCGACCAGGACAGCUGUAUCUACAACGGAUUUAACUUUAAUGGAGUACACUGCAUUGGCAUCAAUUUUCAUUAAUGAUUCAUUUAUGAUUCAAAUCCACAAUGGCAUGCAUGCUUGUUAUGAAGGGUACAUUCCGAAUCGCUCAAUUUUAAGUCCUUGUUUUUCUCUUUACUCCAUUUCGAUUGAUAAGAAAUUUCAACAGUAUAAUGUCUUUUCGGGUUCUUAAAGCUGCACUCUCACAUAUAUACUAUUUUUACAACUUUUUAUUUUAUUUUUUGUCUUGGAAAGAGCAAAUUCUUACGUAAAUAUCUGCAAACCAAUGAUAUAUGAUUGCUGACAAAAUCAGAUCGUAGAUUUUCAUAUUUCCGUUCGAAAAUUAAUGUUUUAUGGCUAACAGUUUAAGAAAAUGCAUGAAACAUCAAUUUUUGAACUUAAAUAUAAAAAUCUGCGAUCUAAUUUUUUGUCAGCAGUCUUACAUACCUGGUUUCCAUGGAUAUUUGCAAAAAUUGGCUCGUUCCAAGACAAAAAAUAAAAAAAAAGUUAUCAAGCGUUCAAUCUGUGAGAGUGCAGCUUUAAAAAGGAGCCAAAUAUAUUUUUUAAAACAUACGUUUUGUUUAAAAUAUCAGUCGUGAUAAUCAAGCUCAAAUGACUGUGGUCUGGAAUCAGCAAGCAUAUGUAUUGUAACCGAACAGAGUCUUACUUAUGCUCCGUCCGUUGUUCUUUGGCAAUUUACUGUGGUGUCUUUUAUCCAUGUUAUGAACACGUACUAUGUGUAUUGUAACAGAACGGAACCUUACUUUUGUUCCAAUCGUUCUUCUUUUUUAAAUAAUUGUUUUAUCAUUUAAAGAUUUCAUAAAAAUGAUUAUCGGUGAUGUUAAUGGUAAUGUAAUUUGUAACUUUUUAUAUAGUGAUUAUUUGUACAGCAUUU